CAGUCUCCCCCCACCCCCCCGCUAGGGAAAGGGCUUGUGCAAGCUUCCCGGCGGCUGCCCGAGCCCUACCAGCCUGAUCGUCACAUGACUAGGAAGGCGGUGGGAGCCGGAGCCGAAGCCCGAGCAGCGGCGGCUCCCUCUGUUCCGCCUGUGGGUUUAGUUCCGCGCCCCGAGGAAGGGAGAGAAGGGGGCGGGGGGAGAGAGAACCUGCCGCCGCCGCUCCGGCCCCCCUCCCCCCGCUCCAGCCGGUUCCCAGCCUCGCUCCAUGUAGUUCCAUUGCGGAAGUGGACCAGGAGGUGGCGGCGGCGGCAGCGGCGGUGGCGGCAGCGCUGGCCCCAGGAGCCCGAGGCUGGGGCCCGGCCCGUUCCCCCCUCCUUGCUUCCAGCGCAACAAACAGCCGCGAGCCCGUGCUUGCAAUCCCCGGCUCGGCGGCUCCCCGGCUUCCCUCCCUCCUUCCCAGCCGCCUCCUCCUCCUUCCUCGGCGCAGUCGUCGCCGCCGUGCCCAGGCUGCAUGCUCCUGGCCCCCCCCCUCCCCCGCCUCCUCCUCCCGCUCCUCCUCCUCCUGCCGCUGCUGCUGCUGCUCUCCCCGCAGCCGGCCGCGGGAGCAGUAACAUGCUCACUCGCGUGAAAUCUGCGGUGGCCAAUUUCAUGGGCGGCAUCAUGGCUGGUGGCUCGGGCUUGGAGCACGGCGGAGGCUGCGCCGGCGGCGGAGCCGGCUCCGACCUGCCCUUGCGCUUCCCCUACGGGCGGCCGGAGUUCCUGGGGCUGUCUCAGGACGAGGUCGAGUGCAGCGCUGACCACAUCGCCCGCCCCAUCCUCAUCCUCAAGGAGACCAAGCGACUGCCCUGGACCACGGGCUACGCAGAAGUGAUCAAUGCAGGAAAGAGUACACACAAUGAAGAUCAGGCCAGUUGUGAGGUGCUAUCUGUGAAGAAGAAGCCAGGAGUCAUUACCUCAACUCCAAACAGAAAUUCAUCUGCCAAGCGAAGGUCCUCUCUUCCUAACGGGGAAGGGCUGCAACUAAAGGAGAAUUCUAUGAGAAAACUGAGGCCCAAGAGUGUUGUGUCUUGCCCCAAGGUCAAACAGGAAAAAAGCGACCGAGUUGACUUUGAUCUCAAGUUCUCUGCCCAGGACACGGAUGGCAUUUCCUUCCACUACUGGUCCCUCUUUGACGGGCACGCCGGAUCUGGGGCAGCUGUGGUGGCAUCCCGGCUGUUGCAGCAUCACAUUGUGGAGCAGCUACAGGACAUUAUAGACAUCUUGAAGAACUCUGCGGUCCUCCCCCCAACCUGCCUGGGAGAGGAGCCUGAGAACACCCCAGCCAAUAGCCGGACUCUGACGAGGGCUGCCUCCCUUCGAGGAGGAGUGGGGGCCCCGGGCUCCCCGAGCACCCCACCCACACGUUUCUUUACAGAGAAAAAGAUUCCCCAUGAGUGCCUUGUUAUUGGGGCCAUUGAAAGCGCGUUCAAGGAAAUGGACCUGCAGAUCGAACGAGAGAGGAGCACAUAUAAUAUAUCUGGAGGCUGUACAGCCCUCGUUGUUGUCUGCCUGUUGGGAAAGCUGUACGUGGCCAAUGCUGGUGAUAGCAGAGCCAUCAUUGUUAGGAAUGGAGAAAUCAUCCCCAUGUCUUCAGAGUUCACGCCAGAGACAGAACGCCAGCGGCUCCAGUACCUGGCUUUCAUGCAGCCUCACUUGCUGGGAAAUGAGUUCACACAUUUGGAGUUUCCAAGGAGAGUACAGAGAAAAGAACUUGGAAAGAAGAUGCUCUACAGGGACUUCAAUAUGACAGGCUGGGCAUACAAAACCAUUGAGGAUGAUGACCUGAAGUUUCCCCUUAUAUAUGGAGAAGGCAAGAAGGCACGGGUGAUGGCCACUAUUGGGGUAACCAGAGGACUUGGGGACCAUGACCUGAAGGUGCAUGACUCCAACAUCUACAUCAAACCAUUCCUGUCUUCAGCUCCUGAGGUGAGAGUCUAUGAUCUCACGCAGUAUGAGCAUGGUGCAGAUGACGUGCUGAUUUUAGCCACGGAUGGACUCUGGGAUGUUUUAGUGAACGAAGAAGUGGCUGAAGCCAUCACACAAUUUCUUCCUAACUGUGAUCCUGAUGACCCCCACAGGUAUACACUGGCAGCUCAGGACCUGGUCAUGCGAGCUCGAGGCGUUCUGAAAGACAGAGGCUGGCGGAUAUCCAAUGACCGGCUGGGCUCAGGAGACGACAUUUCUGUCUAUGUCAUUCCUUUAAUACACGGAAACAAACUCUCAUGAGACUCAUGAUGGCCCAGGGGACUGGGAGGGUUGUUGGAAGAGAGAGAUGGUAUGUCUCUUUGAGGAAGGGAAAUGCAGAAGUCAGUUCCAAUUGGUGUCCUGUCCUCCAUUCUCAAUCCAUGCCAGGUGGGUGAGGAGUUUGCUGUUACCCAGGCAGGGCUCCCCAAAAUGCCUAGUGCUUCAGGUAUCCCUUGGGUCCCACCUUCUCCUGUAUUCAUGGGACUUGGGCACACAGCAGGAGCUCAGUGCAAAGACUUCUCUCGUGCAUCAGGUUUCUUUUGCUUCCUUUUCUAGAUCACCUAAGUUGAGGCCUACCCAUUGGGGGCCACAUGAGUAUUUAUUUUGUUCCAGAAUAGUUGGAGCAAGCAUUUUCAGGUAUAACCCAGUUAAAAGGUGUUCAGCCAGUCAAAUUGCCAGCUUCCCUAAGAAUUGAGAAAGAUACACACUGGAAAGUCACUGUAAGUGAAUGCUGGAUUGUAGGCUGACGUCCCCCAGUCAGCCUGGUGUUUGUUACAGGGAAAGCCUAGAAGACGGGGGUGGUUUUUUAUGG